CAAACAAAAAAUGGUAAGAUAUUCACUUGUUUUAUUGACUUCAAGAAAGCUUUCGACUCUAUUUGGCAUGAAGGGCUCUAUUACAGACUUCUACAUUGUGGUUUAGGCAGCAAAAUGUAUGAUCUGGUUAAAUGAAUGUCACAGUUUAGCCAAAUCUCUCCUCCUAUCCUUGUGUAGCUCUCCCCUCCCUGUGUUCCUUGUCAGGCCUCUGUUCGUCCCUCGGUGUGUGUGUGUGUGUGUGUGUGUGUGUGUACUGGCCUGGGCGGGGCGCUCUGAUUUUCCCCCCGGCUGCUGAUCACCAGCACACCUGAUGUUCGGGAAGUUUCCCCACCGGCCCUCGCGGACUACACCUGCCUCGCCCGCUCUGGAGGAGCAGAAUAUCUGCUGCCCUUUAAUGCCCUUCUCAUUCCCUCAAGGACUGAUACGUUCAGCAUCAAGCACUUCAGCUCUGUUUUGAUGUCCUCCAUUGAGACAGACAGCGGUGCUCCAGAUGUGAGUCCCCUGUAUCCAGCAGCUGAGCCAGGUGCAGCACUGGGACAGGUGCUUGGAGCGGGGGCCCAUAAGCAGCGACCAUCACUGAAUUUGUCAAUGUUUACCAAGCCAACAUUUGGUGGUUCUCAUGUUGCCGCUGCAAAGCCAAAUCUUAGUAGAGCCAGAAAAGUAACCCAGACCCAAGUCACCAACCCCACUGAAGGAAGUACCAAUUCUCCAGCCAGCAUUGCUGUCUCAGCUCCAGAGCCUCAGACAGAUGCUCAAGACAUCAAGGCCGCAAUGACCUCAACCUAUGGCACUAUUCUAAAAAUGGAUUCAACUAAAAAGAUCCCCAAGAAGCUUGACGGAGCAGCCAAGGGGACAGCACUCUGGCUCACCUCUGUGGGAAAUGAGUUUGGUCAGAUUUUCAUCAGUGUGCUGACCGCUCAGGAGGGAGCUGGCCUGGACAUGAUGGCAGCAGACCUGGUAAAGAGAUACCAGCAAGCCGGUGUGGACCGCCCUGUUGCCUUAUAUGUCGACUGUGGCUGCUGUACUGAGGCAGGGGAGACCAAGCUGAAGGCCAGAUUCAGCGGGUGGCCACACCUCACUAUAAGGCUGCACAUCUGGCACUUCAUACGCCAACUUGCCCUGGGAUGCGCAACAGAUGCUCAUCAGCUGUACCCAGUAUUUAUGUCGCGCCUAUCAGCGUGCAUAUUUGAGUGGGAUGCAGCUGAUUUAGCUCUGUUGCGCGAAGCAAAAAGACAGCAACUUCAGUCCCAGGGCCUGUCUUCCCUUACUGAUGGCGACAUCAAUAAACAUCUAUCAAGGAAGGAGCUGGCUCUCCAUUGCCGGAGGAGGACCCGUGGUGAGGAGACCACCACUCAGCUGCUGGAGGAGCUGCUGCAGGGGCUCAUGGGGACCAGUGGCAACGACUCCCUUGGAGUUCCCCUGUUUGAUAGGGAGAGGAUGGAGCACAUCUGGCGUGUCCAAAGAAAGCACGUCAACUGCAUCCAGCACCUGCCAGGUGUCGCUCUAUACACCAAGACGGGGGAGCUCACAAAGGGAGGUGUGCGGUUACCCAUGUACAGAUGUGCCAGAGGCUCUACAUCUUUAGAGUCUUUUCAUUUACACCUAAACCGCUUCAUACCAGGGACCAGUGCCAACAGCCUGAAUUUUCAGGUAUACCUGCUGGAAGGACUGCAUAGGUGGAACCAGGACCGUGGUAGUGCUGCCCUGUCUACUGGACCAUGUGCUUUACGCAGCUACUCGGGUGACCUGCUUCACUGUGUAAACAAAAAUUACGAGAAGCUGUUCGGCAGGAAGGUGGUACCAGUUUCAGGAGAGCUCAUAGGGGUACAGUAUCUGUUCCGGCAGACUGGUCAGGCACUGCAGGAUGUGCACCCUGAUUCAGAAGAGACUGCUCAGUUAAUUGAAGAGCAUGACGUGGAGGACGGAGGAAGGGGAGGGGAGGGGAGGGGAGGAAGAUGAGGGCUUCUCGGACAUCACAGAUGACCCCCACAUUGCUGGACCCGGAGGUUCUUCAGGUUCCAGCCUCUCCGAUUCCUGGUACCUCCACCAUUACAUCUGGCCCACACUACAUCCAGUCUGGCCCCCAGCGUCUCCACCCUGGCGAUUACCACAGCUCCCAGCAGAUCCACCCUGAUUCCUGGCACAUCUGCAAUGACUGCCAGCACAUCCACAAUGGCACCAGCCCUGGCUCCCCGCACAUCUGCAAUGAGCUUUGCUGCAUCAAUUCUGCCCUCUAGUUCGUCCUCUGAGGCUGGAGUUAAUAUACAAGCUGAAGUUGAAGAUAUGGCUGUUGAUGACCAAAAUGUUCCUGGAUAUCAGCACGUGGACAGACUUGCUGAGUACUUGGUGGAGCUUCGGGAUCAGACCUCUCUCUGUCUCAGCAACCAGCAGGCGAGCACAGUUAUAGCACUGUGGGAGAGCCUGGAUGAAGGUGACAAGCAGCGGGGGGUUCAUGCAGCACGACAUCAGAACAGACUUUUGAGUGGAUGGUUCAGAAUACCAAAGAAGCCCUCAAAAACGCCUGGUGUGGAGAGCACCACCCGUUGCAUGUUAGGUGCGAGUAGUGCACCUGCUCAGGGGCCUGACUGCUGUCGGUUGGUGGAAAAUAUGUUUACCCAAGCCCAGUAAGGAAAAGUAAGGGGGCCGAUUCGAGGUGGUCCUUAAUUCUGAGGGACUAUCAUAAGAUCAGGCAGCUCGCUGGUGAUGCAGGGAACAGAGAUUCAGCUGGCGGAAGUGAACCAGAACACCCUCAUCCAAUGGCACAACAACAGGCAGAAGAGGCAGGAGCUCUCUGUGCUGCUCCAGGGCACUGCAUUGCCUCCAGCCCUUCUGAGUCUGAAGAGCCUCUUCAGGAAGCAAGAGUACUCCCUGCUGACCCCACGCCAGCACGACAGGAGCAUCAGUACCGGCUGCCGGAGAGUACAGCAGGUCAGGCACAACGGAGGCAGACGGCCUCUAAUCAGCUCCCACGUCCCAUCUUGCCAAAGGGGCCAGUGAAGAGGCAUGUGUUUGUCACACCCCCGGCACCAGGACCCUUUCUGACACCUCAGAGCCUCACACCUGCAGGACAAACUGUUCGUCUCGUACCCAUACUCCUUCCUUUUUCAGUAGUUCAGGGCACCAACCCACAAACCAGUGCGCCUACCAGCACAGUAGAAGCUGGAGCCACUCCAAAGAGGCCAUAUGGGCGAACUGUAGCAGCCAAUACUUGUAAAAAGUGUGGCCAGUUCCGCACUGUUGACACUGGACACAGCCAGGACCGUGGCAGAGUGUAUGGCCCUCUGUCUGAAUCUAUUUCAAAAGACCAGUGGUUGGAGGAAAUGAGGAAAAGGUUCUCUAAAUAAUCAUACUGUAAGUGUAUUGUAAAUGGUUAAUAGUUUUAAAUAAUAGUUGUAUUGUAAAUAGUUUAUAGUUUGAUAUAUUCUGUGUUUAAUGUAAAUAGUUGUAUGAAAAUCAAUAUUUCUACA